AGCAAGCCAGGAAGAAGGGAAUUGAGUGAGAGAUAUGGGAUCCAAUUCCAAGCCUCAUGCUGUCGUGAUCCCAAGUCCGUUCCAAGGUCAUAUAAAGGCCAUGCUUAAAUUUGCAAAGCUUCUUCACUGUAAAGGCUUUCACAUAACAUUUGUCAACACAGAAUUCAAUCACAAACGUAUCCUUCGGUCAGGAGGACCUGUUGCCCUUGAUAACCUGCCUGGCUUUCAUUUUGAAACCAUUCCUGAUGGUCUUCCUCCUUCAGAUAUCGAUGCCACCCAGGACAUACCUUCUCUUUGUGUCGCCUUGAACAAGAAUUUCUUAGCACCCUUUAAAGAUCUUCUUGUGAGGCUCCAAAACACUGUGUCCGAGAACGAUCCUCCUGUUACUUCCAUUGUUUCAGAUCCUUUUGCUCCUUUCUCCAUCAAAGCUGGGGAAGAUGUUGGUCUUCCAGUUGUAAUGUAUGCUACUGUGAGUGCAAUUGGUUACAUAGGAUUCAAGCAACUCUAUGCUCUCAGAGAGAAAGGCUUCUCCCCAAUCAAAGAUGUGAGCUAUCUAAGCAAUGGCUACCUCGACACGAAUGUAGACUGGGUUCCUGGUAUAAAAGGCCUUCGUCUUAAACAUUUUCCGUUUAUUGAAACAACAGAUACAGAUGAUAUUAUAUUCAACUUUCUCCUGGGAGCUGCUGAAACCUCUGUUAAAGCUCGAGCAAUUGCUUUUCAUACCUUUGAUGCCCUGGAGCCAGAAGCUCUGGGUGCCCUUUCCACUAUAUUCUCUCGUGUUUAUUCCAUUGGUCCACUCCAGUUAUUCCUCAAUCAAAUUGAGGAAAAUAGUUUGAAGUCUAUUGGAUACAGUCUAUGGAAAGAAGAAAGCAAGUGUCUCCAAUGGCUGGACACAAAGGAGCCCAAUUCAGUGGUGUACGUGAAUUAUGGAAGCACAGUAGUGAUGGCAACUGAUCAACUAGUGGAAUUCGCGAUGGGACUAGCUAAUAGCAAGAUCCCAUUCUUGUUGAUUAUAAGGCCAGAUUUGGUCAGUGGUGAAUCAUCUGUCUUGCCAGCUGAAUUCACAGAGAAAACUCAGAAGCAUGGCUUCAUUGCUAGUUGGUGUCCACAAGAGGAAGUACUUAACCAUCCAUCAGUUGGAGGGUUCCUAACUCAUUGUGGUUGGGGUUCCACCAUUGAGAGCUUGAGUGCUGGUGUGCCGAUGCUGUGCUGGCCCUUCUUUGGAGAUCAACCAAUGAACUGUAAAUAUAGCUGCAAUGAAUGGGGAGUUGGCAUGGAGAUUGAUAAAAAUGUUAAAAGAGAAGAAGUGGGGAUGCUUGUGAAGGAGCUAAUGGAAGGAGAGAAGGGUGCGAAAAUGAGGGAAAAUGCUAUGGAAUGGAAAAGGUUGGCUGAAGAGGCUGUUGGACCAAAAGGGACAUCAUCCAUUAAUCUGGACAAGUUCAUAAAUGAAAUAAAAUCAUCAAAUAAUUAGAUAUAAAUCCUUGAAUGAGCAAUAGAGAUGGGACAAGCUUUGCUCAUUAAAGGUGGUGGAGUGAAAAAAAACCCUAUAAAAUAAGACAAAUUGUUUUUCAUGCUGUAUCAACUUGCCAUAGUAUUGUAUUUGGUUCGGGUUCUUAUUUAGCCUAGAACUAG